GACCACUGGUCGUGAGGUAGUUGUUUUUCACCGUCACGCAAUUCGAUUUAUUACAAUAGAAGGUUUUUAGUAGCAUUUUUAGCAAUAAUCAACAAGAAGAUGUUUGGUGUGCCUGCUUCUUCCGCAAUGUCAUCUUCAGCUGCUCCCGUGAUCUCUGGCUCUUCAGCUUCCUCCUCAUCGUCCAGCUCAGCAUUUGCAGACAAAAAUGCGACUGCAAAUAAGGGAUAUCCUCCUCCUCCGUCAGCAAAGUUCAUUGCUCAGGCUCGUGCUGCGUUUGACUACAGUCUACAGAGUUUCCACUACACACAAGCCAUCUGGUACGCAGAGCGGCUAAUCGCAGAGGAUGCGAGUGACGAGCACAAAUACCUACUGGCGUUAGCCUACUUUCAUUCUGGCGAAACAGCUUUGGCGUACUACUACCUCCAAAGCGCGACGUCCAGUAAGGAUCCUAGAGUGCUCUUCUUGUUGGCGAAGUGCGCUUUUGCUUUAGGCAAAUACGAUGAGGCGGAAGAUGCGUUGUUGCUCAGAACAGGUGGGAAGGGAUCUGCACCUAGUUCUUCGAAAGAUGUCGACCACGCGGCAGGGAUGGGGUUUGGUUUACCAGCUGAAGAUGUGGACAUGGACCACACGGGAAGCAUGACGGGUAAUAGUGCAGCUGCGAGCUCAUUUUCGUCUACUCCCUCUGCGUCUUCCACGUCACGUGUAAACGCGCCACCUCUUCUUGAUGGUACUACAUCAACUGCAACUACUGGUUGUAGGUCAUCAUCAUCUUCCACGUUCAUGUUACCAUCCUCCGAACUCCUGCCACACAACGGUGCUGCUGGCAUGUUCUUACUAGGCCAGAUACGCGAACGAACUGGGAAGAUAGAUCAGGCGAUAGAGUGUUACGCGAAAUGCGUUGAGCUGGCGCCCUUCAUGAUCGACGCAAUAACGAAGUUAGCAGCUUUCUCAAAGAAGCACAAGUCUAGCACAAAUAAAGUACCAGCUGGAGUGAGUGUGAGUCUCAACUCCUCCAAGCAGGAUAAGAAGAAGAACUCUACUCCCGAUCAUGUUUUAUCCACUGCUGUGACGGAAGCUGAUCUCGAAAAUGCGUUCGAAAGAUGUGGCUGGAAAAAUUCUGUCACUGGUAGCAGUACCGCGACAACUGGCAACAUAACAGCGAAUCAAUCGGAACAAGAAUCUCAACGACAGCAACAAAGCAAAGAACAUCAUCAAGCUUCUGCAGGGGAAACAACAUCAACGUCCUCCUCAACAUCCACACUUUCGAAUAUCCUUCAGACCUUUGCUAAAGCGUUACAGGCUUCGUGCGAUUUCGAUACGCAGAGAACAGUUCAGGCACUCGAGUCUCUACCUCCGAGACAUCACGAAACGGCCUAUAGUUUGGACAUCGCGGCCAGAGCGUUCUUGGACCAAGGAGAUUAUCGCAAAGCGGAACAACUGUAAUUUCGAGAUUAAGUAGUAUUAACUACAUGCGUUUGACUAAGUUUCAACGCUCCUGGGAUAUUAAUCAUUGUAUGGCUCUGGUAUUUGGUAAGUACCUGAGUUUGAUCAUAUAAGGGAAGACAAGAAGAGUAACACAAAGUAAAUUAGCCGGCUAAUUUCCCUAGAUCAUACUUCGGAGGUCGCGCGUAACGGUAACCCUAUUCGCAACAUAAUUGUGGUUCCCUCUAUCUUCUACUAGGGACGAAUCGAUUACUUAUGAAAGAUGUGAAAUAAUAAAUUCAAUGAACUUGUUUUUGCAAGAGCAAACUAUGUUGUUUAUACCAGCUUCUCGUUCUCCCUCAGCAACAUGUCUAGAAGUUCCACGCUUUCAGGUACAAGCGUGUCCGCUCUCUCGAUCCACGUCGCGUCGACGGCCUCGAACGGUAUUCCACCUGUCUUUGGCACCUGAGAAAGGAGCUUGAAGGUGGUCAUCUAGCGCACGAAUGUCUGGCCUGGGGCGUCCGCCGUCGCCCCGAAGUCUGGUGCGUCGUCGGUAAUGCCUGUUCACAGCAGAAAGAGACUGAUUUAGCCUUGAAAUUCUUCCAGAGGGCGAUCCAGGUAGAUCCGAACUUUUGCUACGCAUAUACUCUUUGUGGACACGAGUACGUGGCGAAUGAGAAGAUCGAUAAGGCUAUACCGAUGUACGAGAAAGCACUGGCGUUGGAUCCGAUGCAUUACAACGCAUGGUGGGCGCUGGGAAACAUCUACUAUCGGCAAGAAGAGUACCAGAAUGCGAGGUACUUAUCUAGGACUUGAUGCUGCUCUAAGUCUAUGUUAUAUAAUUAAAAGAGUUAUAAUGGUCAAAAGAUUUCGGAGAGGUUUUUUGAGGGAUUGUCGGGGGGAGAAGGGGGGUCCUAGGGGGGGUUGGGGGGGGUAGGGGGGCCUACCCCUGUCCAACCCCUGUCCAACCCCUGUCCAACCCCUGUCCAACCCCUGUGCCUGUCCAACCCCUGCGCAACCCUCUUCGCAAGGCCGCUAGCUUGAAGCCACUUCUCCGAAACCCUAUCGCAAGUCCCCGGCGCUACUCCCCCCGAUGGCGUCCCCCUCGCCGCGAGGCCAUACGCGUGGGCACGCCAUGCAAUAGCUUGGAAUUGCGCGACCUACUUGACUUUGAUGAAUGCCCACCGACUUCACAAGCACAACCCGAAGAGGACACCCAUCAAACACGCGCGAAAGAGGAGCAAACUCCAAAGAGCUCCACUCCAGUGCUUGGGACUCUCACUCCGCGAACUAAAUCGGCUACAUUCUAUUUUUUCAGCGACAUCGAAUAACGAAAAGGGUCGAAGAUUAUAAUUUUGCGGAUACCGUUUCAAAACCAUUGACAUGAGUGCUGACAGUGUGCGCCGAUUUUGAUAGAGGACGUCUAUUCUCAGUUCUACAGUGCGGGCUGUGCCGCGUGCGACCGACGGACUGCGGGCUAUGCCGCUGCGACUAACAAGACCAAAAGCGGGCUCUGCCGCGUUGAGGGGAAGCGGGCUAUGCCGCAAUGUGUCGUGGCUUAGAGGCGGGCUAUGCCGCUGUGACCAGAAGCGGGCUAAGCCGCAUUGUGUUUUUCCUUACUUCUUCUUUUUGUCAUUCUUCAUCACGGUCGUCUUCUUCAUCGCAGCCUUCUUACCUUUGGCAGGCAGACUCUCACGCACCUGCUUUUUGCCGCCUGUCUUAGUGUCGGCGCCGGUCUUCUUCGCGUCCUCCUUCUCCACCUCCAUAUCUGCAUCGGCCUCACCACCGCCUUGACCUCGCAUCGGAUCAUCAUCCUCAGCGCUGUCGCCGUUCGGUUUCUUCUCUUCCUCCUUUUCCACCUCAGCGGGCUCCUCCUCCUUCCAAUCCCACCACCACUUCUGACUGCUGGCUUUCUUUUCUUGGUUUCCAGCCUCCUUCCCUUCACACCAGCCAGAGCUGCCGCUGGUCUCGGUGCGGGUACGUGCGUAAUAGCUUUUAGAGGCAAGAGGCGCUGCUUGCACUUUCAUACUCAGACAAGGCAACAGAGCCUGCUUACUAUCCCCAGAAGCAGACAAAACUAAUCAAGACAAAAGAGAGGAAAAUACUCAGAAAAUCCACGAAGUAAAAGACUAAGCAAUGAGCACAGCCCUCCAUAACGUUUGUCUUCCACCAGCCGUAGCUGUCUUCGUCGCUGUUCUUUUUGCUGUUGCUCUUGCUCUCCCACUCAUUGCUCCACCACUUCUCCCCACUGCUGCUCGCCCAGGCCUGCGCGUCGUUGCCCCAAUGGCCGCCGGUGUCUCCGUCGUAGCUGUUUUUGCUGUUCUUGCUUUCCUCCUCAUUGCCCCACCAAUUCCUCCAACUGCUGCUGGCGCCGCCCUGUGUGUCUUUGCUGCUCGUGGUCGUGCUUCCGCCUUCGCUGUCCCACCACUUCUUCCCACUGCUGCUACACCCUCCUGGCGUGUUCUUGCUGCUCGUGCAGGAGUCUUCGCCACCCCACCAGUUGCUGCCGGCUUUCUCCUCCUUUUCCCACCACUUUCCGCCACUCUUGCUGCUGGUCUCAGUACUGUUAGAGAUCAUGCCUUUUUUUACAACACUGAGUAGAUAUAUAACGAUAAAGCAUAGAACAACACGAACAGAAAAGAUAGAAGCCAGAAAGCGAACUCUAGCAAAUCCAAGGAGCGAAGUACUGAGAGAAAACGAGGAAAACAAAGACGGCCCCCAUAACGUUCGCGCCCCACCAGCCGUCGCUGUCUCCGUCGUUGUUGCUCUUGCUGUUGUUCUUGCUUUCCCAAUCCCUGUCCCACCACUUCUUCUCCCUGCUGCUGCCGCCCCACUGCGUGUCUUUGCUGCUCAUGCUUGGGCCUUCACCUCCGUACUUGGCGACCUUGCUUGCGUUUCCCAAGUCUCUGUCCCAGCGCUCAUCCCAGGCAUACCUGUACCCAUAUCCCGCAGGGGAAAGCUGUGGCGCUGCGAGGAGGUCCUUCGCGUUGAAGUUAGAAAAAUAAAUCAUGACGGUAUCUAGAAUCAAUCAUAAGUCAUGGGUUGACCCAUCUGGUUUAGAGGGAGAGCAACUAAUAACCACGCUGACAGCCGCCAGCUUAACAAACAGGAAAACCAGCCGCCAUAAGGUCAAGGCUCUCGAUUGCACGCCGAUGCACCACGCCACACGGUAAGUCUCCCUCCGGGAGGUCUCCAAGAUCUUUGUCCCAGAUAACCUCGAAACCAGAGAAAACCCAGUACCCAGUCGACAAGGCUGCCGAGCUGGUCUUAUUCGUGGUGUACUGGUAGCUGGCACGAUACUGCUCACCCGCCGCCAUUUCCUCCAAAGAACGCCCCUCACCAGCGCAGAAGCUCUGAUCGAUCAAGACUCGCAGGAGAUACCUGCAGGCCAUGUGACAAAAGGUUCAAUCUCCAGACAUGUGGGAAGAGAUUCAAUGUAGUACUCAACUUUGUCCAAAUUCUUCAAAAUCUCCCGCACGGGAUGGGUGCCGCGCUUAAGAUACACAGACCAUAGUACCACAGUCGGUCUUUGUCGUUUGCUUCCACCGUUACUGCGCUUUUUUGAGCCACUUGCGACUCUGUUCCUGCCAACUAUUAGAGUGCGAAGAAUCCCCCCAACGGGGCCUCCCGGUGUUGGAACCACACUGAGCUUAGCUACGCCCUCUCUGACGAUUUACUUAAGUUGAUUAAGCUACUACUAAUCAAAGCUGGCCACCCAUAAUUUUUCUUGCCUGUUCCCGCAGAAUCGUUCAUGCGCAGAUAUCCGGCUUCACCCUUCUCCAAUUCCACGCCGCCGCGGGUCCACAUGUCUUAGAGAUCAUCCCCUCCCCAGCUAUACUCAUCCGCCGCAAGCGUAUCAACGAACAUGCGCAAAAAGGCUCCCACGCCGAAAACGCGCGCGAAGUGCUUCGCUAGAUGAGUAUAGCACGCCAUAGUUGUCGCCCACUUUGCCAAGUAGUGUGAUCGAACAUUAGACGCGGAGACUUGGCGCGCCAUUGAUAUUGGCUCCUCACGACCAAGGAAACGCCGCCAGUGCGCCUCACCUUGCCUAAGCCUAGCUAGAUAAGUCAUAAGUAAGCGCGCCAAUAUUAUAUAAAUAGCGCUAGCGGUAGCGUGUAAAUAUAAUACUGGAGAAUGCAACUCCGCUGGGUGCUGACUCAUAGUAUAGAGCUCGAGCGAAUGCAUGCCAUGAAGGGGCUAAAACCUUGCGCGCAGAUCUUACGAAAAGUCUUGCCAUAAUUUUCCGCCGGCUCUGCCACUAGAUAGGCGCGAGGGCCGCUGUUCGUGUCCAGGAUCAUGACCCUCACGAACGACGACCCGAACGAUUCCGCGUCCCUGACCAUCUUUCUUGCUACUUACUUGGGAGAGAUAAGAUUUAACUUCUUGGCGGUGAGAAGUUGAAUGCUGGUUACUUCUCGAGGCCUUUACACCUAAGCAAUCUUUUCCGCGAAGCUACUGACUCGCUUGGUUAUAGUUCUCCACAUAAGUGCACCACUUAGGGCUAGCCCCUCCUUACUUUUUUACUCAGACCGUGCUGCUUGCCGUUUUUGCUAAAUGCUAUUAAUUAUGCGUCAAGCCUGCGCUCUGGUUGUCCUCAAGUUGUCACUCAUUGCCAUCAGACUGAUGGCGUCUCUUCCUAACUUUCAUACGCUCACCAGGUGCGCGCUAUGCCGCGACAUACAUAGCAGCCGAGUUCCAUCAUGACACCCGCUACACUCAUGCGCCACGAUUCCUCUGUCACUGUGUCAGUGGGUGUUGGUCUCAGCAUGUAGUAAGAACUUUUCUGACAGAAGUGCACACAAAUAGGCGAAGACGUUUCCCUCCUCUGUGGGCGCAGACAUUUUUCCAAGCGGUGCCUUAUCAUCUGAGCCGGCCUACUCAUUCACCUUUCAGGGCCAGCAACAUGCUUCGCUGUUGACUGUUCAGCCCAAUUCGACAACAAAGCAGUGAGCGGGCUUCGCCGCGGGUGCUAUUGCGUUUGUGAGCGGGCUGGGCCGCAAGUUGUGCGCCUUGGCGGUUUCUUCUUCUUUCUUUGCACUUGCACGGGCAGGGCCGCGAAGUUUGUUUUUGAUUGGGCCUACCCCUACGCGGGCUAAGCCGCAGACGGAGGCAGCGCUGAGUAAUGAGUACGAGACAGAAGAAAGGCGCACACGCUAGCGAGCUCCCUCGUUCCAGACAGAGACAGACACUCCCCCACGCCACUGGCGUACACUGAGCGGGUGAACGUGAAGCCGCAAACAUCCACGGGCUAAGCCGCAAGAGUGGGCGCAGAAAGAUCGCAAGGCUUCUCCCACUGGAAAAGUUUCUAAGGUAAAGGCGAAAGAACAAGCUGCGCCGCAAACACUCGCGGGCUGUGCCGCAACGCAGAAUACAGAACAAGCGGACUCAGCUGCAAGCACUCGCGGGCUGUGCCGCAACCGCAAGACUCCACCACCUGCGCCCGCGCAGGCGGCACCGCAAACAAUAACACCGAAGAGACGGGCUGAGCCGCAAGCAUUCGCCCCCCCCGCGGGCUGUGCCGCAUGCUCUGUCACCUGUUACUUCUUCCAGCGUUUCGCGGACGGCGCGGCACUUUCUUCAUAAACGCUCCCCCCGCCCCAUCGCUUCCGGCUCAGCGGCGUGGCCACCGCUUGAGGCGUGCCCGGCAGUCGUCUGGGCCCUCCCCGAUCAGGGCUCCGCCAUCCGCCAUCCACUGCCGCGCCCCAUUUUUUUCGCUCUGUGCGCGUGUUCCAUCCCUCCGCGUGAUCUGCUUUAACUGCUUGCGAAGCCACAACCUUCGCCAAGCUGCUCCACGACACACUCCCAGCCUUCAGCUUGGGCCCUGGAGUGGUUGCGGGAUCAUGAUGAGGACAAAGCUCAGGCAGUACGAGAUUGAACAACUUUACCCGCCCAUCAGAGACGCUAUCACUUCCCACAAAAAAACGAAGGUCGCGGGAUCUUCGGACCCGACUCAUGGCCACGUAUGCCAAACCAUGGGCAAAGACACCCCCAUACAACACAUCGAAGACCACCCUGUCAAGCGUCUGCCCUUGACUUUUGUGCACCGUAAACGCAAAGGCUGCCAGGAGUGGAAACUGAUGGCGCUCAAGCUCGAGGCCUUUUUCUGUAUAUGGGUGGCGCAGCCUUGGGAGACUGAAGACCCGAGCACGCCGGGCUUCCUCAUCCAGCCCCGCCUCAGGGUCCAGGUCUUCCGCGCGGAUAACUGUCACGCUGCCCUUUUGCAAAUUCCACCCCAAAACUACGACCUUCGUGUACUUCGGAAGCCCCGGCAAGUUUAACGUGAUAAACGCCGGCAUCCCUCGCCGAAGGUGCAAAGACCCCAAAGGCACGCUACCGCUGCCAAGCUCUGACAUGAAUGUGCUACUGCUCCACAUUCCCGACGUCAAGCUCCCCCCCGCGCAGCGUAUGGUGUCCCGACUAGCCGCCACCGCGGCCGGCCCCUGCAUUUUGCUGGUCAUGAAUUCGUUAACCUCUCGGCAGCGCGCGUUGAGGCUGCAAAUGUACCCAGAAGACGAGACCGCGAAAGCCUGAGCGCGGGCCGCUGCGUCUGACAUGUCCCAGGCCUCCCCUUCACAAUACUCAGAGAACAACCAAGAACACGCGCCGCGGAGCGCCUCGCUGGGGCUUGCGUCCUUUUCUCCCUUCGGCUUCAGCUGCCCUCGCGCCGCAGUCGCCUGCUCUUUUUUGCGCUUUGCUUUCGUUUCUGCUUGGGCAACGUCAGCGGUCGUACGCUCUGAAAACACCUCGAACAUGCCACGAGGGAGAUACCACUCACCCGGGCCGCCACGCUCUGCCCCUGACCCUUGGGGAAUGAAGUCCUCUGCGAUCCCAUCAAGCAACGAGGCAAAAGCCGGGUCGUCUUUUGCUCGCAUCGACUUCGACAGCAUGCGAACCCUCCCCGCGCAUACUGCUGCAGAAUAAUACGAACUACUUCGCAAACUCAUCGAGACACACUGCGCGUGAGUUUCUGCCACAGGGGGAAGCUGCGACGUAUGCCCCACAAAGAUGACGACCUUGCCACCAAAUGGAACCCCAACACAACCAGACAGAUGCUGCAGAAACUCGUCGACCGCUCUAUAGCAGUUUACGUUUUGCAUCGUCGCCUCAUCAAAGAGGAAACCCGCAGCACCCCGAAGCUCAUCCUCCUGCUUCUUUGGCAUUUUUUGAACCUCGGGGCUGGUCUCAUCUAUAGAAAGGGAGAACAUCUUAUGCAGCGUGCGGCCGCCUAAGAGCUGCCCGCUUGCUAUCCCAGUCGAAGCAGCAGCCAAAAGGCCUCCGCCCGGCUCUGCCAGAUUUUUCAGCACUGCAGCAAUGACGCAAUUACUCAAGUACGUUUUGCCAGCGCCGGCUUUCGCCUCCCAGAUAAAUACUCUGCCCCCCUCUGGCACUGGAUCCCCGCGCCGUACUUCCUCGACCGCCGCGCGGAUCUCCUCGAACAUUCGCCACUGCUCUGGCCACUUCUCAGGAUUCAACUCCAACGCCCGCGAGGCCCACAAAGCUACACGGGCAGCCUUUGCCGCGUCGCUCUCUUUUGUCCGCCACCCACCUAUCCCACGGGAGCACCCCCCGGCCGCGUGCCGCUGCUGACUAGGUGCCGGCCAGCCUUCGAGGUCUGCCACAUUUCUGCCAACGCGGGCCAAACGGUCAGAGAUAUCCCACAGAAGCUCAUCCAUUGCGGCCACCCUCUGCCCUUCUGUGGUUGCUCGUUGUUUGAUUAAGAAAUCCUCACCCAUUUUAGCCGCGUACUUUUUUAAAUGAGAAGACCCCCAUCCACAGUGGAUGACCAACAAGACAAACGACCACCGCAAGCUCUGCGGCGAUCGUUUUUCUUUUAUUUCAUUCUCAAAAUACAAACCCGCGCAGUCAUCUGCUAGAAGCUCAGGCAGCAGAACCUCAGCCGCCUCUUUGUAAGUUUCAUACCCGCAGCGCAGCUGCUCCCACCCCUUCUCGACAGGCUCCCCGAGCUGAAGCCUCGGGCGGCUGCUUGAAUGUUCCAGGAGCAGCAUCGCAUAGAAAGCCUCCCCCAUUCCCGGGUGUAGAUUGGGCCACCGGUAGAACUUUUUAGCGCUUUCAACAUACUCCGCCACAUGCCAGCCGCCCCCCGGUCGGCAGUCAGUUCCGACGUAUUGCAUACGCCCACCCCGAGGCUUCACCCUUGCGACUUUAUAAGCCGCAUAAUACUCCGCGGGCGCAAGUGAGGCACAUGCGGCGGGGCGAUAGAACCACCCCUCGACCAAAGACAAAGCUGCGGGCCCUGUCUUAUUCUUGGCCUUGCGCGGACGAAAGUCAACACCUUGGCGACCUGGAAGCCGCAGGGGAAUGGUGCGGACACUCGGGCGCAGCGUUACAUUAGAGAAGCUAAAGACCCUCCAGACAGCUUCUGUCGCCGAGAGGUAUCGCGCCCGUUUGUAGGCUGUGAUCUCGUCCCGCCCUGUGCCAUUUUCGUCACACGCCUGCAGCUGUGCGAAGUAUUCUUCUCUGUCGUUUCCCUUGAAACAAUACCCAAAGAGAUACGCUAUGACGCUGGACGUCCCUACAACUUUCACAUUUGCAUGCCCACCCCAACACUGCAACGCCACCGCGUUAAACUCUACAGCAUGUCGGUCGCACUCUGCUCGCCGACGUGGUGCUGCGUGGCCAGACAUUCCGUCGACCGCAGUGCGUUCGCGUUUGCUUACUGGAAACCCCUUCCGGCAAGGCUCGGCCUGUUCUCGGCAUCGCACCUGCCACGCAGGGCAUCGAGGCUGUGCGGUGCCCUCUACUGGAUCACACACCAGCGCAGAGCCCUCCACACCCCAGAGGCCACACUGAUGCGGGGGACGAUAACAGAACGGGCCACACCGGUGCACCAUCUGGGACGCGAUCAAGUUUUGCACUCGCUCCCCCCACCCUUGCGACAUUUCUGCAGAAACAAACUUAUCCAUUUUAGCAGGAUCCCGGUGGAAAUCUUUCUCCAGGUCUUUGAUAUAGAUUAAGAGGUGACAAUGUGGCAAGCCUCGCUUUUGAUAUUCUACGACCCCGAUCUCAAAAGCGGGAGCCCCGAAGGGUGACUGCGACGAUCGCAAGAGCUUCAGCAUUUUCUGCAAUUUCAGGUGAAACACCUGACACACAAGAAUUGGAUCAUCCGCAGCAGAACGUCCUGGCAAAAGGUUCUCCGUGAUUUCAGGCCAUUCAGGGUUGCAAGUGAGUGUCACAAAAAAGGUCGGCUUUCCAAAUUUUGAAAGGAGGCAGAUCGAGUCCUCUAAGCGCGCGCGGAACCACGCCUCACUCUUCACGAAAGAGCUCGGCAGAGCUCGCCGCCCCGGCGUGCCGGCGGCGCCUGCUAUGUUAGCAAGCCGCGCAGCCUCCGCGACUGGAGCACCAGGCGGCGCAGCCUUUCCCCCGCGUGCUCCGUCUUUUUUCUGCUGCUCCCAAUGAGCUCGCUCGAAAUAAUGCAGCCGCAGAUCUUCUAAGCGGCUGUACUGGUCACAAAUGUACUCCUGCCCGACUGCGCUGGCUUCUCGAAAACGAGGCUCCCGCAGCAGCAAGCCUUGCAGAUGUCGCAAGAGCGAGGGCCUCUUGCUUAUGCUUUGCGCCUUCUCAUUCUGGUCACCUUCUUCCUCCACGUCAUCCCACUGCUCUGGCUCAUCGUCAGCGCCAUCUCCUUCCCCUUCAUCGUCCUCACCUACCUCCUGAACCUUCUGAGGCGCGCCCCAUCCUCUCUCCCCCGAGAAAAAUAAGAGCGCGUUUCUCAGUGGCUCAUACAUCGACGACGUGGCAGGCACAAAAGUUCCCUCUUUCGAUACAUCUCCCGCGGCCAGGUCCGGCCGUGGAUGAAUCAAAAGCGAGCGCGCCCGCGUCCUUCCAUCGGUUGGCUCGUCGAUGAGGGCAGCAACCUCCGGACGAUCAUCCCUGAACUCGAUGACUGGGCCACUGGCUUCCCCUUCUUCAAUAAAGCGCCCACCCUCCUCCGCAUCCAGAUAAUCACUAUACUCAUCCCGCAUUUUCACGAGGGACCUGUGGAACCUAUUGCGCUUCGCCAGUUCCUCUUCGAGCUCUUUCAUUGUCAACCCGUGGCGCGCGAGGAGUUUCGCGUAUUCUCCCUCCUGUCUGGCUUUGUCUCCAUACUCACCCGGCCGGAGGAACCAGCCGAGAGGGUUAUGACCAUCGCCCCCCGAGCCUGGCGGCAGCAGUCUCGUGGACGUCGUGCCUUUAAUUCUAUGAGACUCAGGCGCGCCACGCCUGCCGGGUUUUUUGAUUUGUGCCCGCCCACCUGUGACAGCCAAAGAGCUCAAGCUUAGAUAGUUAUUGAGGGAAAUGGACACCCGCGCAAAUUCUGGAUCACGGAAGAGCGCCGCCACCUUGGGGGGCAAGGGCUCGAGCAACGGCCUCGGCCUCCCAUCUUCAUCAUACUCGACGAGCGCUCCUUUGCCGCAGCACAGCAUAGAAGAAGACCCCUCCCAGAAAGGCUUCCGCUUGCAAUACGGGCAGCCGCCCCGGAUCUGCUUGAGACGCAUUGCGCCAAGCUGUUCGGGAGUCGCCUCCUUAUGUUUGGCACGCGCCUCGCCCUCCUCUGCAGCCUUCGCAAGGUUUGGCCCAGCUUCAACCUCUUCCAAUUUGUCUAACUCAGCCCCAUCCCAGUAGUUGCCGCCACUCCUCACGCUCUCCCCCAUGUCAUCAUCUACCGCGAAGCCGUCCGCAUGGCUUAAGGCCGCAAGCUGUUCAGCGAUGGACAUGCCCUCGAAUUCACUAGCUUGCACGCCUUGCCCCUGCAGAGCCAAGAAGCCCCACCGCCUCAAAAACUUGCUGGCAGCCCGAGCCCGACGCCGUCGGGCGCGGCUCACCUCCGUCCGGAGACUGCCGGACGCACGCGCCGAGUGCUGCGCCAGCGCAUGUUCACGCUGUGCAGCUGUCAGCGCGGCACCCCUCUCCAUGCGGUUCCGCUUCUUGCGUCCUUUCUUAUUUUGAUAUCCCCGGCGCCACUUCCUCCCCCAUCCGCAAGCCCUGCCACAUUUCCCCCUUCUUCUUUCUUGGAACCCUCGAAAAGCCCGCAGAUCGAAGCACAACCCCCGCCGCGUUGAAACUUGCCGCCAGCUUUCUCCCAGAACAGGCAAGCUCAGCCCCUUGAACUUUGAGCAGAAGCGCGGCAUGUGAAAGAUACGGACAAACGCUAUAGCCAACGCAUGCGCUGGCAAUGCGCUGCCAGAGUCUACCCCCAAGCUGAAGGACAUGCUUGGAGCUGAAGAGCUACAAGCCCCUUGCCCUCGUUGCGGGCUUGGCCGCAGGAGAUUCUCGCCACCACUUACCCUUGCGCACACCUUCGAGCCCCGCGGGCUAGGCCGCAAACACUGACCAGCUGCGCGCGCGCGUGCAGAUUCUCGCUCCCGUUGCGGGCUUGGCCGCAGGAGGUUCUCGCCGCCGCUCAGAUCUGCAUCUGCGCACGCGUUCACACCCCGCGGGCUAAGCCGCAGGAGGUACUCGCCGCCGCUCAGAUCUGCAUCUGCGCACGUGUUCACACCCCGCGGGCUAAGCCGCAGGAGGUUCUCGCCGCCGCUCAGAUCUGCAUCUGCGCACGUGUUCACACCCCGCGGGCUAAGCCGCAAACACAGACCAGCUGCGCGCACGCGUGCAGCCUCUCGCCCUCUUCGCGGGCUUGGCCGCGCAAAAUUAUCCGCGCAGCUACUCACAUUUGCGCCAUCGACGCGCGGGCUCAGCCGCAGGAGGCACCCGCCAGAGAGCUCUUCGGCGCACAAGCUCAGCCGCGUCACCGCUUCGCCGUGGGGUAGCUGCUCCACACCUGCGAACAGCCCACGCUGGUCGGCGACAAAAGACAAAGCCAAGAAAGCUAGACAGCUGAAGAAGCACCACAAAGCGACGCGGCUAAAGGCCGCCGCGCUCCUUCUCAUUUUGUCCGCAAGCAUUCAGAUUCACUUACUUACUUACUUCGAAAGACUGCAGCCAAGUCAUAGAGGCCCAAUCCCUCACAAGAAAAGCAAUCGCGCUGACUAUAGCACUAGAGCAAAUAAAACCACAGAAGCGACCCCCCCUCGCCUCAGAGUGUGGGGACCUGCGUCGAGAAUAUCGCCAAGAAAGACGCAACAUUCGCAAGGCCUUGCCUUCUUCCACUCUCUUAGCCAGAUCUUGCCUUGCCCUGGUUCCUUAAGGCCAUCGCUUUGGUUCUUUUUCGCUUAAUGUUUACCACGCAAGGCGCACAAAUUUGCACCGCUUCAGAGUGUGACUCUCGUCCCUCUCUCUCGAUGUAUAGGUAGCGUGGCCCUUGCCUGUUUCUUCUCUUAUCCAUGUGCCAGCUUUUGCAGUUUGGUUCUGCUGUGGGCUCUGCGUUGGCGGGAAACGUCUUCGCGCUUCUUCUUUUGUUUGCGAGCGUUCUCGAUAUUAUCUAUAAAAUAAUCUGACCGAACCAAGAGCAUGCUCAUCCAUCUCUAAGAUUUAGCUACACUGUCUUCAGAACGUUCCGUGGGCAUGUAAAUAGUCUCACUUUGUCGCGGGCUUGGCCGCAGUUUCUCGUCACGAGAGUAGUCCACUUGGGUUUAAGGUUCAUCAAGUCCUCAUCAAUUUAUUUUUAUAUUAUGAUAUAUCCACACAAGGAGCGCCGAGCUCUGUCAAAGCGGGCUGAGCCGCAAAACCACCUCAAACAAGGGACCAAUAUGAUAUCCAGCCCCAAGCGUUCGGAGCGCGUCAGCUCCCCCUGUCUGUCGAAGCGGGCUGGGCCGCAGAUUCUCAUCAGAGACGCCUUAUCUCGCUUACUUUGCUGCCACUCUCUGCCGCCACGAUUCCCGUUUGUUAGAAGAAGACGAGAAAGGCCACGCGCUGGACUAUCAGAAAAAUGAGAACAAUAAGCGAUCGCCAUAAAGUUUGCCUUUUUACAACCUCCACUGCGAUAAUAUCGCGUCCUGCGUCGCUUUUCUUUCAUGCAGUUCGUACUGUGGCACUUUCCGCAAGAGUCUCCAGUGCAUCCACUCUUUCUCAGCGGACAGAUCGGCCUUAGAGAGAUGGGGGGUUCUUUAAUAUCUUAGACAACUACGCGCCCCCGUGUGGUUAACAGUCACUCACAAGCGAAGCCCUUGAAGAUCUUGAGUUAUCAACUUUCGAAAGUUCUCGAACUUUGAUCAAAGAAGUUGGUCGAGAGGGGUUUGGAGAUCAAUUAGAAUUUGUGGCGUCCUUAUGCUGGCUCAGAUGAUCAAUGUGAUUUUUUUUAAGGAAUCCCGUGGGGGUCAUGCAAAUUCGUCCAAAUUUGCACGACCUCCCCGAAGAAUUUGAAAAAAUCUGACGACUUUUAUAGAUCUGCACGGGGUUCACUCAGUCUUUGAAGUGAAUUAGUUUUCUUCGCUUCUUUUUCCUUUUAACCAUUUGGAAGCAAGAGGUAGCGGCCUUUUGUUUCUCCUUCUCAUUUCGCGCCAUAACUUUCGACCAUGCUGACACAAGAGGCCAGCGCCUUCAUGGUAUUGCACGCGGCGCGUGCCUUGAUGUAGCUCGAAAAAUUCCCUAUCUGCUGGCCUACAGAAGAAAGCUGGAUGGACGCGGUAAGUUAGUGCUGACGUGCUCUGCUGCCCACCAAAUUCCACAAGGAAAUCCGAAGCGGUUGCCCCUGAAGAAUAAACUCUACCAACCACUGGCCCCCAAGUAAAUAAUGCAAAUUAAUAAAAGCAAGCGCCUCGGAUCCCGUUUGUAGAAUUGUCAGCGGGAGGCUGUUCCAACAUAAGUAAGCUCCCAUCUCUUCCUCGGCGUCGUCGUCCCCUUCUCUGGCUUCUGCCAUAGGCAUCGGCGCGUCCUCUCCUUCUUGCUCUUCUUCUGUCGUGGCUUCUUGGUCCUCGUUGUCGUCGUCCCCGUUCCCGUUUCCGUCGUCGUUGCUGCCGACGUUUGCACCCGCCUGCUCUUCUUGGUGCUCUGCCUGGUCGUCGCUCUCCUCUGCUUCUUGCUCCGCCUCGCGGCUGACUCCUUGGCCGCCUGCCUGGUCGCCUUCGCUUUCCUCUGCUUCCUGCUCAGCCUCGCGGCUGUCUCCUUGGUGGCUUGCUUGGCCGUUGUCGCUCUCCUCUGUUUCUUGCCCAGCCUCGUGGCUGUCUCCUUCGUGGCUUGCUGGGCCGUUGUCGCUCUCCUCUGCUCAUUGCCAAGCCUCGCGGCUGUCUCCUUGGUGGCCUCCGUCGUCGUUGUCGCUCACCUCCGCUCCUUGCUCUUGCUCAGCCUCACGGCUUUCGUCUUGGUCGUCUGCUGGGCUGCGGCUGCGGUUCUCCCCUGCCUCUUCUGCUUGCUCUGUGUUGUCGGUGUUUGCGCCCUCUUUCCCGUUGUCUUUUGACUCCUCAGCCCCCUGGGUAGAGGCUCCGCCUUUCUUGACCUCCAUGCAGCUCCAGUCUCGUUCUGGAUAAAAGUCAUCCAUGUCCGCCCAACGAGGACGAAACGGGCACUCAUAUGAGCCACCAUUAGAAGGCGCACGAGAUCGGAGGGCCCUUCCCUGUUUCUCCUCCCAGAUCUAACCUUUUUAGAUCUGUUGCGGCACUUGAUGAUAGCGCCAGAGCAUGGAUGAGGCUCUUUCUCUCAACUUUGUCAACGAUCAGAAAGAGAACGAAUUGAAUAGAGACCGCGCCAGUAUCAUGCUAAUACUAAUUAACUCAAAUUUACCCCGUCCCCUGAGUGAAUCUAAAUACUGUUCGCAAUUUAAUCGCCAUAACAUGGUCCGAAUUUAGGUUGUUGCAAUGCUGGCACUGCUUUCGAACCACGGGACGCCGGGUGGAGAGCGAGAGCAUAUUUUUUCUUUUGUGCUUUUCUUUUUUAAUUACCUCACUGACGGCGUAUUUACUUUCUACUUUCACGGUCGAGGAUGAAAAAAAUGACUUCUAUGAAGCAUCGCGAUCAGUCACGGCCGGGCUGCUUCGUGCUCCUUUUCUCUCAGAUCUUUUUUUUUUGUCGUUUCUCUCGAUUCCUUUCGUGCUGCGGUCCUUAGUACUCAGGACCCGCCUCAUCUUGAGCGAACUCAUGCUCUACCUGUGUCCAUCAGAUCAGUCAAGGCACACCACACGUCUCUUCGUUUCUACCGUGAUCAAGGAGGUGUCGCCCAAGGGGCGACGCCGGUUUCUUGUAAAUAUGAUGUUCUUCCUCGUCGUGUUAAGGUUGAGUCUGAUUUCAUCCUUGGUGAAAAUCAUUUUCUCCAGCAACGUCGUGUCUUUGUGUUUUUCUGAAAACUUGACAAUCCGAAUCUUAAGCUUCUCCUCCAUCGUCCACUUCCAUCUUCCUACUCCAGGUUCCAUUUCACGAAAGCCUUCGAAAUCAAUGGGAGGAAUUCCGUUCUUGGCUGCUACGUGGGUAUGGUAAUGGACACCCUGAACAACUCCAUUCUCGCUUUAGACUACUUCGAACGCGCAGCAAGGAUUGGAGAUGGUGGUGGUAGUUCUGGUGGAGGUGCGGGGGCAGGCGUUGGUGCUGCAUCAUCAUCUUGUUCAUCUUCUGCUGGCCCCUCUUCUGGAACCUCUUCUUCAACCUCUUCAACAGAACAAAACGCCAUGGUCUUGUUUCAAAAAGCAUGCGUCUUGAUGUCCCUAGAGCGCUAUGCAGACGCCUUGGCGGAUUUAGAGCGAGUGAGGAAUUUAGCACCCAAAGAAGCUUGCGUCUACUUUCAACUUGGAAAAGUCCAUGACAAGUUAGGCAACACGAAACAGGCUUUUCUGUGCUUCCACGUUGCUAUGGACUUGAACAAAGAUUCAAAAGACUACCACACGAUAAAAACGCACAUAGAACGAUUACCAUCCUUGGGCACUGGAGUAGAUGGCGGUGGUGGCCCUGGUAGUGGUCUAGGUCGUCAGCAACAGUAUUAUAACGGAGGAAGUGCAAUUGGAAAUGGGGUGUCCUCUAUGCAAAUAUCUUGAGUCUGAAGAAUAUAUGAGCUUGACUUCGAUUUCUGCAUGUACCUGUUCUUCAUGGUGAUCAACCACAAACAUCUCCAGCACAUGCUUUUUCUUGCGCUGUGCCUGUCUUCAUGCGAAACAUAGUUUUGAAAUAGCGCGCGACAUGUGAUGGUGAUUCUUUCUUAGCUUCCAAACUAUUAAUUUCAAGAACCAAAUACCCAUUGACGCAUCUUUUUGAAGGAAAAUUCCUUGGCAUUAUAUAUAAGUCGGGCCAAAGAUGUUCUUCAACGCAAGCGAAAAGUGCAACCGAUAGUACCACGAUCACAUCAUCCGAACACACAGAACAAAGGCUAGA